CGCCGGGAUACCCCUGGCCGUAGGGCCAACGACUCGUUUUAGUUUUGACCUCGUCAGUGCUGAAAUAUGUAAUGUAGAAGCGCUAGGGCGAUUGUAAGCAUAGGGGGCGACGGGCUACAGAGGCUGUGCUUUUUCUCUUGUUGCGAAUCACUACGAGUGACAGUUGACAGCUGGCUGCGAUGAAACACCUGGCAAAUGGCAGCACAUGUCACAGCUGGCCGUUGCCAACGGGCACCUUCUAAACAUAUUGUGUUGUAGUGUUGCUGUGUUGCUGACUGUUCAUCACAAAAAAAACUUACACUAUUCAAGUAUCUUUCAGCCCAUCAUUAGCCAGCCAUGGAAAGAGAUAGAGAAACCCGCCAUGAUGACGAUGGAACAGACGCUUCUGAAGGAACUCCUCUACUAUACAACGUUUUCCACGGUGGUCAAGUCCGAAAGAAGAGAAAGACGCUUGACGAGGCUGCGGUUGACUCAGACGUAGAGCCCAAGCUUCUGAAACGCAGAUAUCAGAACAUUAUCCUGACCAGAUCGAACGCCAGAGAUGUCGUAACGGCGCCUAAAGUGUUUCCGAAACAUCUAAUUCCACCUGACGAGCGAGAAGUCAGUCCCGAGCCAGAUGAAACACCACAAGAUUCUUCUCGCCAAGGACUGCGCGUAACUCUUGAGAUUGGCGCCCACAAAGACUCGGUUGAUGCUAUUCUUCAUGAGCCCAACCAACGACUUCGUCCUCUUAUCAAUUCUCACGAUACACUGCACCUCGAUGGUCUAUGCCGAGGCGAGGACUUUCCCGUUCGCAAGGAAGACGGUGCUAUUAUUCAGAAAGUUUUAGCAUCUGGCGCUUUACUCCCGCGUGACGAUCCCACAUUGACCGACAACCUUGCAGACAAUCUGACAGCACAGGCAGCCGGUCUAUUCGGAAGAGUCAAGCAUGCGAUCCUCCUGGUAUACCCAACACAAUGCGCCGCCUGGUUUUCGCGUCUAGAUGUCGACAGUGAAGACCAAGAGCUAUCUAAGCUACAGUAUCUAGUCUUUGUACCCACGGAAUCCCUUGCGUCACAACUAUCCGUCAUCCUCCGUCCCCUUACUAUUCCGCGAGUCGCACCCGAGAUCUGGACCUUCUUCACCAACACACCGCUACUAUCCAGCCCAGACGACCUUUUUAUAACACCACAAACACACAUCUUUCUUCUUUUCCCUUACGGUGCCGCCGGUCAAGUCCAAAGCGCCAUACUGACAGAUUUCCUGCGUCUGGUAUACCCCGCAUGCCAGCUUUUCUCGAGUGCGUCGCCAAACGAUUGGUCUGCCUUUUGCAAGAUGACUAAGGGUAUCAUAAUCGCCCAUGAGCGAUGUAUUCCUCUGCCACAUAAAGUACGCGCUGACAGGGACUUGGAUGAAAUCGUCUCCCAACUCUUCAUCUUCCACAUGCCCGAGCCCAGCAGCAACAGCACGCUACCACUAAUAAUCGACGCCAGGUAUGGCAUAUGGCUCGAACGUGUACAUCGACACCUUCUCUCUAGCGAAUCUCUGACACAUCUUUAAUCAGUCACCUUUCAGUAGCAACCGUAACAACAUAAUGUUAAUAUCAAGAGUGUUUCAUUCU